AUGGAGGCGGUACACCGUGGGCGUGUCGUGUAUACGCACCUCUCUUCGUAUGCACCCCGCUUGGAGAUAGAGACUCCAAAUGUACCGGAGACAUGCUCAUCCUACGUCCUAGUACCUCUGCCGUCGGCCGUGUAUUUUGAUCCAUAUACAGCCCAGCUUGACUCGUUGCCGGCUGUCCGCGAUGUGUUCCUGCUUGGCCAGCUGGAUCUGGAGAAGCCGCAAGGCUGGUCAGACAUGGACCGUGCUACUGAUUAUGUAGAGGAGGUACCGCGGAUGUGGUGGGAAGGGGCGCCCUCGCCCUCGACCCAGACGUGUCAUGGCGACGAAUGUGAGCAUGCCGCCUUGCUGGUAGCGCUAGAUGGGACAGCGUCUACCAAGAUCUCUGUACCUCUGCAUAUGCGAUAUCUUCAAGCUAUGCAUUGGCCCAACACUAGUCGGCUUGAAACGUACGAUCUCUCGUGGAUUACGUCGGCCACGAUGCCCGCGCAGCUGCCGGCCAGCUUGACGCCUGCAUGGCAUGCCGCCGCGGCCUUGGUCCACCGUCUCGCAUCAAGAGGACUACAAGUGGCCUCAUACCUGGACUCGUUCCUUAUGCCGCACUAUGACCGCAUUCAUCUCGCAAAGAACGCGCCCAUUUUCUUUGCGACAUGCGAGCAGCCUACAGACUCAGAGUGGGAUCCAGCAGACAUCCGUACGUUCCUUCCAGACUCGCAUCAGCACCUGCUUCCAAGCCUGCAGCAGCACCUCGCAUACCAGACGUAUACGGCCAGCCUGCCAGCCAUCAUCGAUUCUGAGGCUAUCGUAUCGUUACCGGUCGGCGAUGCGACCAAGGCAGGCGCUGUGCAAAUCGCGACAUUUGCCGCUAUUCUUGUGGCUAGUAUUUGGCUUUGUCGUGCGAUUUUCCGUGUUCGUGUCUAA